UUCCUCCUGGGAUUUCUUCUGACCAACCACAUGCUUAGGUUACCAAGCAACAUGAAGUGUAAAUAUUGACAGAAGCUGCAGGUGUAUCAGAUUUUUGUUGCAUUGACUUCAGGAAAUGAAGUUCUUCACCUGGAGCCAUCGGUUUUAUGAUGACUUCUUUGCAAGAUUCAGACCCAGUUAUAAGAGACUACAUGAUUAAACAUUCACUUCCUCAGAUUUACAAGGCUUUACUUGCUGGGUUAUGUGUAUCAUGCCCCGAAGAUCCUUUGCACUUUAUAGAGGAGAAGAUCCUAUCAAUCCUAGAGGAUCAGGAUUGUGAGAUCUGCUGGCACACAUUUAUUGACGAAGACAAACAAAUCUCCUCAUUGGCAGGAGGCAUUGUGUAUGAUAUGUUUGGAAAUCCAGAAGACAGCCUGUGUCCGUCACAUUUGUUGGAGAAAGCAUAUUCCUGUUAUCGCACCAACCUGUUCAAAAUGUGUUUCAUGGGUUGGAAGAGUUAUAUUUCAAUGAAGAAAAUGAAGGCUGCCAGACUCCUAGAGAGAAUGGAAGAGACUGAGAUGUAUCACAAACAGAGACGGAUAAAACUGGCUUUCAUCAAGUGGACAGCGUGGGUUCAGUUUCGCAAACAGAGGCAGAAUGAUGCCCUGAGGAAACUUCAAAAAGUGCAGGAGUCUGUUCACUGCAGAAACACCAUCACUGCUUGGCGUCAUGUUGUACAGGAUGCUAAAAGAGCCAAGGAAUACUUCAAGAGGCUAGAAAGAGAUAUACAAGAAAGUCAGAACUCAGAGAUACCACAGGGUGAUGGACAGGACAGAUUAUCACUGCUGCCUAACAAACUGUCUCUUAAGAUCUUCCAAAGUCUAGGUGUGCGUGACCUCCUGAAAUGCGCUCUGGUGUGUCAUUCUUGGAAAGCGAUCACUCAGAUCAGCUCACUGUGGACUGAGAUCGAUUUCUCCCCUGAGGCCAGCUGGAUCAUAGAUCGGACUGUGGAGAGAAUACUGCGGGUGCAUCGUGUUUAUGUGAUCUCUGUCAACUUGUGCGGUUGCACGCUGGUGCAGAAGUCGAGUUUUAGACGCAUCAGUAAAUUUACUUUAAUCAGCCUUAAAAGAUCUUGCCUGUUUUGUUUUGUUUUUGUCAAAAAAGGUCAAUGCAAAAAUCUUCAAGAACUUGAUAUCAGUGAAUGCCCAAAUCUUAAUGAUGAAAAUAUGAAGAUGAUUUUAGAAGGAUGUCACUCUCUCCUCCAUCUUAAUCUGGCCUUUACUCAUAUUACUAAUGCCACUAUACGAGUCCUGUCAAGAUGCUGUCUGAUGCUGCGGUCUCUGAGUCUCGCAUACUGCACAAGUUUCUCUGAUAAAGGCCUGCAAUAUCUGACCACAGAAAAAGGCUGUCACAGACUCAAUUAUCUGGACCUCUCCGGUUGUUCUCAGAUAUCUGUGGAUGGAUUUAGAUAUGUCGCUGAAGCUUGCAGUUCACUUCAACAGAUUGUGUUAGAUGAUCUCCCCACCCUGACUGACACCUGUGUGCAGGUCUUAAUGUCUAAAUGUCAUGCGUUGACUGCGAUUUCCCUGUUGGACUCACCGUAUCUCUCUGAUGUGACAUUCAAAACAAUCGCUGAAGAGAUCAGCCUCACCAAGAUCCAAAUAGAAGGUAAUAACCGAAUGAUGGACAGCAGCUUGAAGGCCCUGUGCCGAAGCUCUCUGAAACUCAGUGAGGUCCAGAUGUCUGACUGCACUCGCAUGACUGAUGCCAGCUUGAAGUCUUUAGGAAGUCUGACAAAACUGUGCAACUUAAAUAUCUCAGGCUGUAUCAAGGUGACUGAUAUGGGAAUCCAUUACAUCACUGAAGGACUAUCUGCUGUUGAACUGCGAGAGCUUGAUCUUUCCUACUGCCCAAAACUUACUGACCUGUCCCUGACGAGAAUAACUCAGAAAUGUAGCAAUCUGACCAACCUGAGCGUAUGUUUCUGUGAGAACCUGACAGAUAAUGGAUUUGAGUGUCUGGACAGUUGUGCUUCUCUCAUCUCUCUGGACAUCACAGGCUGCAAAAUACAUGACAAAGGACUAGCAGCCUUGGGAACUAACCACAGUAUGAGAAAACUGACCGCAGCUGAAUGUGUUUUCAUAACAGAUAAUGGAAUAAAGAUGUUUUGCCAACUGUGUCAUCGUCUGGAGCUUUUGGAUGUGUGUCACUGUGUGUGUCUGUCUGAUCGUGCGAUCAAAGCCCUCUCCUUCUUCUGCAGGACCAUUGCCACAGUCAGAAUAGCUGGAUGCCCUAAAAUGACAGAUACAGCAGUGAAGUACCUGACAAGAGUUGGCCACUUCCUGAAGGAGCUGGAUGUAAGUGGCUGUCCUCUCCUGACUGACCGCACCCCUUCCUUUCUACUGUGCAGCUGUACGCAGCUGCGGUCCAUCAGCAUGCUCUACUGCAAGAACAUCUCCAAACAGGCCGCUCUAAAACUGCAGCGUCGUGUGCAACACUGGAAAUACAGUAACAAUGACUCCCCCUAUAGUCUGGACUAACAGCUGAACCAGAUGUGCACCAACUGGAGAAACAAAGACAGGAGGAUGAAGACAUUACAAACGGACAUUACCAGUCAUUACUUACAUAUUAUAUAAUUUAUUAUAUUUGAUAAGAAAUCACUUUUUUUUGCCAUGUAAGUCUGAAUCUUUAGUUACAAAAUACUGAAAAGUGUAUUUAAGCUACUGAAGGGGCUAUCGG